AUGGCGACGGCGCUCAAGGAGAUGAUGGGCAAGCAGAUCUCCGUGAUCACCUGCGACGGCCGCAACAUCGUCGGCCAGCUCCGCGGCUACGACCAGGUGACGAACGUCAUCCUCGACGAGUGCCACGAGCGCGUCUUCUCCCUCGACGCCGGCGUCGAGCAGGUGGUCCUCGGCCUCUACAUCAUCCGAGGCGCGCCGCGCCGCGCCCGCAUACGCCGCCGCGACAACAUCGCCGUCAUCGGCGAGGUCGACAUCGAGCUCGACGCGCAGACGGACUUCUCGGAGCUGCGCGCCGACGCGCUGAAGCCCGUGACGCACACCUAG